AUGGCGAAUUCUCCAGCCUCAAUCGACUACCCAUUCCGGCCGCAAGUGAAGAGGUUUGAUUUGGAUAUGUCAAGCGUACAAUAUUCACCUCAGGAGAUGUUCGUUCACAUCAGUGAUCCGGAAACGUGUCGGGGUCAGAGCUCCGAUGAGUUUGCAUUACAAAUGUCAAUUCCCCAAAUGUUGUGUAUAAUUUAUUUAAUACAGUUUCUACGCUUUUUUGAUUCCUGUCCACUUCCACCUCAGGUGGCUCGUAAACGUCAUGUGGGCAAUAGCUCGGUCACAUUCAUUUUCCAGGAACCGGACGCCGCACCAUUUGAACCGGACUCUAUCGUGUCACGUUUUCAACAAGUGUUUAUUGUGGUUCGUCUGGUUCAGUCGCAUGAACAAACGCCAUGUUACAGGUAA